AUGCACAACGUCAUAGGGGAGGAACUUCAGGAUUUUGUUCCAGAGACACCAAAGGAGCAGCAAUAUGCUUCCAUGUCUGGAUGUCUCAGUGCAAUCAGACUCCACUCACUAAUACUUUCUCCUCUUUGUUGUAGCCGCCCACCACCUUCUCGUGCAGGUCCCCCUGCUCAUCCUCCACCAGCAGCUGUUGCCCCUACCCCAAUGCAGCCACGGCAGCCAGGUCUGAUGGCACAGAUGGCAAGCACAGCUGCAGGAGUGGCUGUGGGCUCGGCGGUUGGCCAUGUGAUGGGUAGUGCUCUGACAGGUGCCUUCAGUGGAGGCAGUGGCUCUGAACCUGCUAAGGCUGAUGUUACCUAUCAGGAGCCUCCACUGGCAGCCCCUCCGACCCAGUCACAAACCCAGCAGAACAUGCCAUGCCAAUUUGAACUGAAGCAAUUCCUGGAGUGUGCCCAGAACCAGCAUGACCUGUCUCUCUGCGACGGAUUCAAUGAGGUGUUGAAGCAAUGCAAAUCGUCAUAUGGUUUGUCUUGAAGACCUACUGGUUGGAAGCCUGGAGUUUGAAGAGGAAAGGCAGGAAGAUAAUGAUCCUGUUGAAGUCUUCUGAUGAAUUCAUUGAGUUCAGUUAUGUACAGUCACUGGAUGUGAAUAAAAUAUUCUUGUAAUUGGA